AUGGAAAUGUACUCGGUUGGAAGAAAUAACUGUGCGUUCUACUAUUGUCUAUCAUCCUAUUUAAAAUUUCAUAAUGAUUCAUCAAUUUUUUCUCAAAAUACAUUAAAACCAAUAAUUGAAUCAUCAUUGAUGUUAACGAUCAAGAAACAUCCUCGACUUCGCUUUCAAGUUGAUCAAGAUAUUCAACCACCAAAAUUCAUCAUUCUUCCCUUAUCUGUAUUUGAUCAAUUACCUAUAAGUUAUGUGAAACGAGAAAAUGAUGAUACUGUUCGUGAAAUUUUAGAAAAUGAAAAUAAUAAACCAUUUCAAUUUAAUGAGCAAACACCUUUAUGGCGUAUAAUCAUAGUCGCAUCUGAAAUAUCAUCUGAUUUUGAAAUAAUUGUAUCAUUUCAUCAUGUUAUUUGUGAUGGAAUAUCAUCAAUGAUAUUUUUUCAAACUUUUGUCAAAUAUUUAAACGAUUGUCAGACAAUUUCAUCAGAUGAUUUUCCACUAUUAGAUCUCUAUCUUGAACAAGAUCAAGCAUUAGAUCAAAUUUGUAUAGGAAAAUUACCAUCAUUAUCAUCCAUUUUACUUAAAUUAAUUGAAAAACUUUUUAUACCACAUAUUUUGCAUUCAUAUUUAUUUCCGAAAACCUAUUGGGCCGGUAAUGUUCAAUUAACUGGCGUUGAAUCAAAUAAAACGUGUCUACUAUCUUUUAUGCUUGAUAGUAAUAAAUUAAAUUUAUUAUAUCUACAAUGUAAACAAAAUCAAACAACUGUUCAUGCUGCUUUAGUUGCUUCGAUUCUAUUAGCUAUAAUUGAAUUUAAUCAGCAUGAAAAUUUAGAAUUAUUAUGCGGUAGUGCUAUUAAUAUGCGUAAAUAUUGUCAACCAAUAAUUUCUGAUAAUCAAUUAGGUAUUUUUAUUAGUUCAGCUAAUACUUGUCAUUUUCUUAAUUCAUCAUCGAUACCAAAUUUUUGGUUAUUAGCUCAAAAUGUUAAACAACAGUUGAAUGAGCAAAUAUUAAAUGAAGCAUUACCAAUAGUUAAACUAAUGAAGUUUGUGAGAAAUUGGAAUGAAUAUGUACUGGAAGAAAGAAAACGGUUACCAAAUGGAAAACAGGCAAGUAUAAGUCUAUCAAAUGUUUUACAAUGGAAUUUUGCUGAUAUCAAUAUUAAUAAUUCUAAGUGGAAAAUAGUCAAUGGUGGUUUUACACAAUCAGCUGAUAUCAUUGGUGGAAUAUUUUCGGUGAAUGCUAUGACAGUGAAUGGAACAUUAAAUAUUUACAUUUCAUAUCAACAAAGUAAUGUUAAACAACCUGUGGAUGCCCUUUGUAUUAGAGAUAAUAUGAAAAAAUGGCUAGAAACUGCAGCUAAUGGAAAUGUAUAA